AUAAAAUCCUUUCCAUAUUUCAAUUUCUUCAAUCCUACAAGCUUUCCAAGACUUAAUCUUCAAGAAUCUAACCAUGGAGAGUACCGAUUCAUCAUCCGGGUCGCAGCACCCCCAGCUUCCGCCGGGUUUCCGGUUCCACCCCACCGAUGAAGAGCUUGUAGUUCAUUAUCUCAAAAAGAAGGCCGCUUCUGCUCCGCUUCCGGUUACCAUCAUCGCCGAGGUUGAUCUCUACAAGUUUGAUCCAUGGGAACUCCCAAGUAAGGCUACGUUUGGAGAGCAAGAGUGGUAUUUUUUCAGUCCAAGAGACCGGAAAUAUCCCAACGGAGCUAGGCCUAACAGAGCGGCAACUUCAGGGUAUUGGAAAGCGACUGGAACCGAUAAGCCUAUAUUAACAUCUAAUGGAGCUCAAAAGGUUGGUGUGAAGAAAGCACUGGUUUUUUAUGGUGGUAAGCCCCCAAAAGGGAUUAAAACCAAUUGGAUUAUGCAUGAAUAUCGCCUUGUAGACAAUAACAAUAACUCUAGUUCAAAACCGCCUGGUAUUGAUUCUGCUAACAAGAAAGGUUCUUUGAGGCUUGAUGAUUGGGUUUUAUGCCGGAUUUACAAGAAAAACAACUCGCAAAGACCUAUGGAGAGAGACAAAGAGGAUUCAAUGGAAGGGCUGUUUGCUAAUGCUACACAUGUAUUGCCAAUACAUCCAAAACCACCUUCAAAACCUACAAAUAGCUAUGCCUCAGUACUUGAAAAUGAAGAGAACUUUUUUGAAGGGAUAUUGACAGGUGGAGGUGAUGGCAUGCAAAACAGUUCCAUUUCUCAUCAUCAUCAUCAUCAUCAGUUGGCACCUUCUUCAAGCCCCAAGCCACAUAUAUCCAUGGCGUCUGCUUCUGGUUCAACUAAUUGUGAUGCUAAUUCUAGUAUUCCAGUAAAACGGAUACUACCAUCUCAGUACUGGAGUAAUGAAACUGGAUCAUCCAUGGCGGGUGGCGGUUCUUCAUCUGGGAAGCGUUUUCACGGCGAUCUUAAUAACAGCUGUAGCACUGCCACUGAAGAUAACAGCUCUUUUGUUUCUUUACUCAGUCAGAUUCCGCAGACUGCACCAUUUCAUCCCAAUACUUUUCUUGGCUCACUUGGUGAUGGCGUUUUGAGACAACAGUUUCAGCUUCCUAGCAUGAACUGGAACUCGUAAUUUAUAAUACUAUAUAUAAUAUUACGGCUUCAUUUCAUCGUAUACAUACAUAUAUACGUAUACACACAUUAUAUAUAUAAUACAUAUGCAUGUGCAGUGCUUGAGGCAGGAUAAACAAAAUCAAGAAAUUCCCAUUUCUUGUCUAAAUUUUUAGACCAGGCAAUUGUGUUUCAAGAUUUUAGUUAAAUUUCAGUGUAAGUAAUUAAUCAUCAUACAGGUGAGAUCUUAAUUCGCUAUAUCAUUACUUUCUGUUUUCUUUCAACAA